AUGGAUGAAACUCAGAGGACCAUCCAUUGCUGUGCGCACCUCAUCGACAUCAAACGCCAGACAGACUGGUAAUGUCAUGUCUGAAUUAACUCACUGCAAUCGUUUUAAGAUCCGCUGAAAUUAAUUUCAUGAGAUAAUUAUUGAUUUCAACAUGAACUCAUAGCCAGUGCUCUGUUAGUGCCAUAGAAAUUUUCCUAGGAAAUGCUACUGUAAUUCAUCAUGUAUGCUUAUAGUUACUAGUUCCUUCUUCAAGCAUUGCUCUCUAAUGUGUCAACUGGGUUCGUUCUUCAUCUUGGUGUCUUCGUUUGGUGUCCUAUAAAUCUAUUUGACUGAAGGCAUCUGAAUGUGGCUGCAGGCUUCGGGUCCAAUGUAUCGAGUCGCUCAGCAGGUUCAACUUCACUGUCUCCGGUCUCAACAAUUAUCACUUGUGCACCUUCAGUGAAGGCAUUCUCUCUGGCCGAGCUUGAGAGUGCAACAGACAAGUUCAGCUCUGAGAGAUUACUGGGUGAAGGUGGAUUUGGUCGGGUUUACAAUGGGGCCCUCGUUAAUGGGUUCGAAGUCGCUAUUAAGUUGCUCUCAAGAGAGCACAGGAGUGGCGACCGUGAGUUCAUCUCUGAAGUAGGGAUGCUUUGCCAACUUAAUCAUCGGAACCUUGUCAAGUUGAUCGGCAUCUGCAUUGAUGGUCGCACCCGUUGCCUGGUCUAUGAGUUUAUCCAAAACGGAAGUGUUGAAUCCCAUUUGCACGGUAUGUUUUUCAACCAUCUCAGUCAAUGAUAGUUGGAUCCAGCAGAUCCAUAGCUAUGAUCCAUAGCCUCCUGAUGAAGUCCUGUCACUGAAAGAGUUGAUCAGUCUUCAGAUUGACGGGAUCAGAUUCUUCUUCCAGGAUAUUCAUUUGUCUGAUUAUAUGAUCAAGAUAGGAGAGAAAACCUACAAACCUUGAGGAAAAACGGGAGUGAUUCAUCUACUAAUUUCUGCACAUCUGUGGUUUUGUUCUUGUUACUGACAGUCACAGCAAAAAUUACUGACUGGUACAAGAUAGCCGCCUGAUGAAGUCCUCUUACUGAAAUCUGUCUUCAAACCUUGGGAUCAAUUUUUUCUUCCGGGAUCUUCUGUUUUCUGAUUACAUUAAGAACUGGGAGAAAACUUAGAAAUGUUGAAAAAUAACGAGGGAUGAAUUCAUCUGCUGACUUUUCUGUACCUUUUUUCUUUUUAUGACUGUCUCUCAGAGUAAGUUCACCUUAUAGAGCCCUCAUACUGAAAUAGUCAGUCGGUCUUCAAACCUUUGGAUGAAUUUCUUCUCCAGGGAUCUUCAGUUGUCUUCAGUUGUCUUUUUAUAAAUGUUUAAGGAGCGUGGGGAUUCAUCCACUCACUCGCUCACAUCUUUUCAUUCUGUUCUUGCUACUGACAGUCACUAGUAAGCCUCCUGAUGCAGCCCUAUCACUUUUCAAACCUUGGUAUCAAUUUCUUCUUCAGGGAUCAAUUUCUGCACCAGUUGAUCUUGUUUAUAUACAUAUUUAAUUCAGUUAGGGUUCCAUUGCAGGUGCUGAUAGGACGCGUGGUCCCCUUGAAUGGAAUACCCGGCUGAAGAUAGCCCUUGGUGCCGCAAGAGGGCUGGCAUAUCUGCAUGAAGAUUCGAAUCCCUGCGUCGUUCACUGUGAUUUCAAGGCCAGCAACGUUCUGCUGGAAGAUGAUUUCACGCCAAAGGUGUCUGAUUUUGGACUGGCAAGGGACGCAUCUGAAGGAACUCAACAUAUCUCAUCACGAUUCAUGGGCACUUUUGGGUAUAUUCGUCAUCCCUGCAUGCUAUCAUCCUUGCGAUCUCCCCUCCCCCCCCUUCAAAUUCUCCAGUAAUUGUCAUUAUUCUGCUGUUAUUGAGUAGACUAGGCGGGCAAUCCUAUAUUGAUUUGAUAUCAUGUGAAUAACCAAGAUAAUGUAAUGAGAAGUGGAUCAUCACCUUGCAGGUAUGUUGCUCCAGAGUACGCCAUGACCGGGCAUCUGCUGGUCAAGAGCGACGUCUAUAGCUUUGGGGUCGUCCUACUGGAGCUCCUUUCCGGCAGGAUGUCGGUGGACAAUCGCCAGCCCCAGGGGCAGGAGAACCUCGUCAGCUGGGCCCGCCCACUUCUCACUAGCCGACGCGGCCUGGAGCGGCUGGUCGACCCAUCUCUCGCCGGAGACUACGACUUCGACGACAUGGCCAGGGUGGCGGCCAUAGCUUCGCUGUGCGUCCACCCGGAGGUGUUGCAGAGGCCAUUCAUGGGCGAGGUCGUCCAGGCGCUCAAGCUCGUAUCCAGCGACCCCGCCGAGAUCUGCGACGUCAAUGGGGAGCCCGGCGCCGGCGGCAGCUGGUGGGACGCUGGCACGCCGCGCCGGUCCUACGGCGGCUUGACCUCUUCCUUCACUUCCAUAGAGCGUAGCUCCGGCCCGGCGGAGGACAUGGCGCGGCGGGGGGAGUCGCCAGCGCGGGAGAACAGAUCGGCCCCGCUGCGGACCGGCCGGCGCAGGUCGGGGCUGUCUGGACUGAGGGGGAUCUGGAGCGAGAACGAGGUUCUCUUCCGGCGUUUCGGGGGCUGGUGGCGGGGCUGA